CCCCAGCCUCGCUCUUGGCCCAGGCCGUAGUUGGCUGAGGUCAUGGUCACAAGCAGCAUGGCUAUGCACCUGUGGAUGGUCACCCUGACCUUGGCUGCCUUCCUUGCCAUGGACGGGGAGGUGCAGGUGGCAGCAGGAAGGAUUGUCUUCUUGAGAAUGCCCAUCUGUGAGCACAUGGGAGAGUCUCCAAAGUGCCCCAAGACACCUAAACCGAUCUGUGGCACGGAUGGGGUGACAUAUGAAAAUGAAUGCCAUCUCUGCGUGACCCGGAUAAAAACAAAAGAGGACAUCCAGAUCAUAAAGAACGGCAGGUGCUGAGCCCAGAGACGCACUCCAGCCACGAGACUUCAAGCUAGAGAACAGCAAUGCUCCAGAGGCUAUUAUGCGAAAUAAAAGAUGCAGCCCAAGCCGGUGAAGGGGACCAGUCUUUGGGAACUCUGGGGAGGAGGUGGGAGCAAGAGAUGGGAUCAGCCCUGACAGCUCUCUCAGCUGAAUCUAUCAAUAGAGUUAUUAUU